AGAAAAAGGAAAAAGAGGCUGAAGACGGCACGCGUUCAGUAGAUCCACCCCCACCCCCUCUCCUUUCCGACCACAUCGGAGUGAGCUCCGGGUUAUAGCCCCACCCACAUCCGGAAGACGACGAAAAACUGCGGAGAAGAUGGUCCGGCGGAUCGGACCCAACAGCUCGGGUAUAAGCCCCACAAUUCGCCGCUGCCGCGUCGUCAACACGAGGUGGCUUUUUCACAUCGCCGCUGUCCGUUUCCGGAGUAUGUCGUUAUCCGUCUGCCUCGACACCCCCGGAUGUGUAUCAACCAAGAGCUGAGCGAGGUCUACCACUCACGUGUGACUGGAAUGACCACGGCAUGGUCUUUGCUCUGCCGUAAUGUUCCGGGUUGGACACCAUUUUUGAACCAAGAUCGAUAUGCACCAAAG